AUGAAUCAUAGUCUUGGAAACACAACCCAACAGGUUGGCGUGAACGGUGUCGGGCAGCGGCGUCCUAGGCCAGAGGCUGCCUUCAACUGGGGGUUCGGGUGUCCACAACUACCGGGGCUGGCUUUGGGGCAUACGCCACCACAAAUGGCUCCUUUUUACUUGAACGGCUCAAUGCCGGGGGCGAGUUGCAGCUUACCGCCGCCACCAACACCGCCACCGGGUCACAGCGCUACGCUCUUGGUUCCGGUUGCUGUAGACGCCCUCCCACACGCUCUUCAAUCCUUCGCGUGGGUACCUGCAGCGGCAGAUACGAGCUUUGCUGGAACACUGCAAGUAGCAGCUCCUGACCUUUGCCUAAUGCCCGGGACACCGGUGUAUUGGGUUCCGCCGGUUCCCUCCACUGGGACUGUAUUGCGUGGUGCGAACGGAGGCACUGGCGUCGUGCUCGGGAACGGUACCUUCGAAUCGGCUGCCUCGUUCCCGUCUUGGGCGGUGCCUCUCAGUUGCCAGUCACAACCAGUAGAGCAUCCAGAUAGGGCAGCGGGGCGAAUACUGCAAGAGCGAGGCUCGAGAACGCACGCUACGUUGCAUGCGAAAGCGGUUGGAUCUGGCGCCUCGCUGUCGGCCUCGUCGUGCUCGACACAUUGCACACGUAUAGCAGAGGACACAGCGCGCGACUUCCAUUCAGAUAUCUCGAGCAUGAGCCUCUCACCGGAGCUAUCGCUGGGAGGCGAACGCUUCACCAAUUCCAACAAGUUAGAUGAGAAAUCAGUCUCGCUGGGUCGCGACCAGAGGGCAUUGCGUAUUCUACGCUGGCGCCAGAAGCGACGGCUACAGAUCGAGGCGUUUCGUCGCGAACGCGAGCGUCAUCCCGACCGCAGGCGGGCCGUCGCGAAACAAAGACCCCGCAUCGGCGGACGCUUUCUGCCGAAAGCUGUCGAACUCACCAUGCGCCAAAACAGCUCGGAUCUCGCCAGUGCGCCCGCAGGGACGCAAGGGUAA